AAUCAAAUGUAGUAUAAUAAGCUGCUUAACUUAUGGUUAUGCACUAAAAAGUUGGGAAUGCAAGCUGACACGCAAAUCAGUCAAAAUUACGUCUAAGAUUUAAUGAAGUGAAUCGAUUUUGAACCAAGCGAAGUCUAAAACUUUUCCAUUUACAAAGACAUAAAUAUCUUAACUACUAACAUUAAUAAAUAUGCUGUACUUAUAGCUUUUAGCUCAAUUUUGAAAUGCAAUAAAAUUCAAGUAGACUGCGCUGAUUUAAUAAUUUUUGUAGUGUAUACACUUCAAGGCAUCAAACCACAACAGGCCAAUGGACUUGGCUCUGACGUCAUGGGCUCGGCUGAAUGUGGAAGUUGGAAGUUAAGCCGAACGUGCAUAAUUAAACAGCGAGUCGAGUGUGAAUUGCGCGCGCGCCGCUCGAGCUUGUUUUAUAUAUUUUGGUCAACGGCUGUUGGACAACAACAAAACUCACGUACAAUGAGAAUUUCAAUGCAGUCUGCAGGCAGACAAGCAACGGUUAAUGUGCAAUUAAACCAGUUUACAACAAAAACUACUACUGACCCAAUUGGCUGUGUCCAAGCGCGCACGCCAACUAGUCGAGUUAGUUGAGGCUGUGCUGAGAUUAGAAAGACAUCGAGUGUGUGCAGACAGCGAGCAAACAGUUGACGCCACGCUGCCGAACGUUGCGGAUGCGAAAGUGAAAGGAUUACAAACGAAUAUGCAGCAGCUCUUAAGGAUUGCAGUGCUGCUGUGGCUAGGAUUAGCCACAAGCCAAGUGCGCGCACAGUUUAGCACAGACUAUGAGGCCAAGGCAUUGCGCAGCGUCUACGAGGCACGUAAUCUGGAGUUGAGCUUUCCCACGCCACAGGAACGCGAACGUGUCAUCAAAGCGGGUCUCUACGAUCCAGACAAUGUGGUGCCACUGGAUGUGGAUGUGUACUAUACACAUGGCGAUCGCGUGCCUUCCAUAUUUGUAACCAUACCCAGAUUUGUCAAGGGCGUGCCCUAUUCCCUGGCCUAUGUCACCAAUGAACAGCGUGGCAAUGGCACUGUGCUGCGCGCUUAUCCAAGCUACGAUUGGCAUCAAUCCCAUGGCGCUGAUUGCAAUGGCCUCACUUCGGUUUAUCGCACACAGAUUGAUGAAUGCGGACGCAUGUGGAUUUUGGAUAGCGGUGAAAUAGACUUUGUGCAACAUUGUGCGCCGCAGUUAUAUGCCCUGGACUUGGCCAGCGGCGGUGUGGUGCAUCAUUAUCGUCUGCCUCAAGGCACCUAUAAGCCGGGCUUCAGUCGCUUUGUAACGCCCACUAUUAAUCUGGAUGCGCACAAUUGCGACGUUAGUCAUGUGUAUAUGGCCGAUUCCAUUGGCUCUGGCCUUGUUGUCUACGAUGUGAAUGCGCAACGCUCAUGGCGCAUUGAGAACAAGUUCACAUAUCCGCAUCCAGAUUUUGGCACAUUUACUGUCGCUGGCGAAAGCUUUGAGCUCUGGGAUGGCACCGUUGGCUUAACGCUAACACCACAUGGCUUGGCUCCACGCAUGUUAUACUUUCACUCGCUUUCCAGCGAUUGGCAGAUGACGCUGCCACUCGAGGCGCUCAACAAUGCCACAAAUUGGCGUGAUAAGGAUACUGCAUCCGCCCUGGAGCAAUUUGUGCUGCUGGGUAAGCGUGGCAGUCAGUGCGUGGGAUCGGCCAUGAGUGAAACAGGCACGUUGUUCUGUGGUCUGGUGCAGCCCGCGAGCAUUUUGGCCUGGAAUAUUCGCCAGCCGUAUACGCAACAAAAUCUAGCCUUGCUUAUUGAAGAUGAGCAACGUUUGCAGUUUCCUAGUGGCAUCAAAAUAGUCAGAAACUAUGAGGGCAAGGAGGAGUUUUGGGUAUUAUCGAAUCGAUUGCAAAAAGCUUUUGGCACUGGUCUCAAUUUCAAGGAAAUCAACUUUCGCAUACAAAAGUGUGGUGUGCACGAGCUGCUCAAUGGCAGCAAUUGUAACUAAUUAACAAGU